AAAAAAAAAUCCGAAAAAACAAAAUAUAAAAAUCAAAUCAGACUUUGAAAACGAAAAGAAAAAAAGGCCAAAAAAAAAAAAAAAAAAACCUCAAAAAGCCAACUCUCUCUCUUAUCUUGUCCAGCUAGCUUUAGCUUCUUCUUUCUCUGCAAUCCAACUUUCAACUUGUACACAACCUUAUUCUUCAAUCAAAAGCCUCAUAACGCGUUCAAGUAUUCAUUUCUCUCAAAGUUCAUCCAAAUAUAUUCGUUUUCGUUUUCGUCCUGUAAAUCAAUCUGUAAGGAUUUUCGUUUUGGAUUCUUUUGCUUGAUUUUGUCCGUACGUUCAUGGCGAUUUCACCUCAAAGUUUCCCGCCGAGAAGACGUCGAGCGUCUUCGGCGGGAUCUUCCAUAGAUCCGAAGCAGUCGGAAUUCAAUCUCUUACAAUCUCUAUUCCUUAUUUCCAAGGAGAUUUGCGCUCUGCCACAGCCUCUUCCGCUUCUUCUGUCUCGGAAGGCAAAGCUGCUUUCGAUUCUAUUCGAGGAGUUUCUUCGCUGUCCCGUCUCUUUCUCGUCUCCUUCGGCUCUUCUCUGCUUCGAAGAAAUGCACAUAGUCUUGCAGAGAAUCAAGGUGCUGAUCGAGGACUGUUCGAAUAAGAGCAAGAUGUGGCUUCUUAUGAAGAACGAGUGGGUGGCUAGCAGUUUCCACGAGCUUACCGUGGAAUUAUCCACUCUCUUGGAUAUUUUCCCUGCCAAGGAGGUCGAAUUAAGCGAAGACGUCGAAGAACUUGUUUGUUUGGCAAGAAAACAGUGCUCGCGUACGAAAGCUUUCGUCGAUCCCGCUGCUGAGGAUCUCAGGCGAGAGGUUUUGACCAUGCUCGAUCGGAUCAAGAACGAAAUCGUACCUGACCAAUCCAAGCUCUCUGAGAUGUUUUCGAAAUUAGGGCUGCGUGAUUCGUCUAGCUGCAGAGAUGAGAUUGAGAGCCUACAAGGUGAAAUUCAAAACCAAAUCGAUGAGAAAUCCAAAUCCGAAGUCAUCGCUUUGAUUGGAUUCGUUCGAUAUGCCAAAUGCGUUCUUUUCGGAGCGUCGACGCCGACAUCGGAUAUCAACCGCCAGAAAUCGGCUUCGGAUUUGUCAAUUCCGGCUGAUUUCCGGUGCCCAAUCAGUCUCGACCUCAUGCAGGAUCCGGUUGUAGUGUCAACGGGACAGACGUACGAUCGCGAGUCGAUCAAACUCUGGAUGGAAGCGGGACACAAGACGUGUCCCAAGACAGGUCAGACUCUGGCCCACACGGACCUCAUCCCCAACCGCGCGUUGAAGAAUCUCAUCGCUAUGUGGUGCCGCGACCAAAAGAUUCCAUUCGAAAGCGCGGAAAAUAAGGAAAGACUCAAAUCCCAUGUAAUCAACAAGGCGGCUCUGGAAGCAACUAGAAUGACGGCGUCGUUUCUUAUCAAGAAAUUGUCUCCUUCCCAGCCAAUGGAAAUCGCAAACGGUGUCGUUUAUGAGCUUCGCGUGCUUUCCAAGACAGAUUCCGAUAGCCGCGCCUGCAUCGCCGAAGCCGGAGCUAUACCUUUACUUGUACGGUACUUGAGCGCCGACGUUGGCGCUGACCACCCGAACCUACAAGUCAACGCCAUCACGACGAUCCUCAACCUCUCAAUCCUCGAAGCCAACAAAACCCGCAUUGCCGAAACCGACGGUGCUCUAAACGGCAUCAUCGACGUGCUCCGUAAUGGUGUCACGUGGGAAGCGAAAGGCAAUGCGGCUGCGACCAUAUUCAGCUUAUCUGGCGUGAACUCGUACAGGAAGAAACUCGGGAGGAGGAAUCGUGUCGUCAAGGGCUUGAUAGAGCUGGCCAAAGAGGGACCCACGUCGUCGAAGAGAGACGCGUUGGUGGCGAUCAUGAACUUGGCGGGAGACAGAGAGGCCGUGGCGAGGUUAGUGGAAAGUGGAGUGGUGGAGAUGUCCGUACAGUUGAUGGACGAGUUACCGGAAGAGUCAGUGGCGAUAAUCGAAAUGUUGGUGAAGAGGGGUGGGUUGUUGGCCAUUGCGGCGUCUUUCAGUGCGAUGAAGAAAUUGGGUUUGGUUCUGAGAGGUGGGUCGGAUCGAGCCCGAGAGAGUGCGGCUGCGACGCUUGUGACCAUAUGCAGAAAAGGUGGGUCGGACAUGGUGGCGGAAUUGGCGUCGGAGGUAACAGGGAUUGAGAGGGUACUAUGGGAGUUGAUGGGGACAGGGACGAUGAGAGGAAGAAGGAAAGCAGGUACAUUGUUGAGGAUGCUUAGGAGAUGGGCAGCUGGUAUUGAUGGAGAUCUCAGGGAAAGUUAUUCGGCUAGUGUGACUUCCUCAAGAACAGUAUUGCCUAGCUGAUCCAAAAGAAUAUAUAAUAAUAUAUAUUUUUUCUUUUUCUUUUUACUUUGAAUUGAUUUGUAAAGUUUUACAUGGUAAAUUACAUUUCAUUAAUUUUUUUUUUCCUUUUUUUUUUUUUUUUUAAUAUCCCUUUGCAGUCGAUAACAAUGUCGGCUGCAAAGUAGGAACUGAUUAGUAUCAAGGAAGGGAAAAUGAGCAAUUGCUACAUGUUUGAAAUAUGUGACAUGCACUGAUUAUAGCUUGAAAGAUUUUUGUUUUUGUUUCUUCUAA